GUCAAAGUGAUCAAUAUAUAAUAUCGUUUUUGAGUCGAAAAAGUAAUCCAUUAUACAAUUCAGCAAACACAUACAAUAACAACUUAUCCAAAGGGGCCUACAGAGAAAGUCAUUACUUAGCGUACACUACUAGCGUACCCUAAACCCUAUACACUACUCGAUCUAGUAUACCCUUCCCACAAGUAUUCUACAAAAGCUAUUACACCCACAUUUUAAAACAAUUAAGCCUAAAAACAAUAAAAUUUAGUAAUCCGACGACGAGAUAAUUUUAACAGCAGAGCUACAAAUCCUUAUGUCGAUCUUCUCCACUCAUGUAGAAAUAGAAGCAGGUGAAGCGUCCUCAAUUGAGGUGAUCACCUCGUCAACUAAAAUAGGAACCUCCACCUCUCACCAGCCUCAACCAUAAGGACAAAACAAGAGGCCCAAUAGGCCUUAUGGACACAGCACGAAAGGCCAGGCCCAAAUAGGGGAAACCCUAGGUGAACAGACCACCACAGAAUUACCGCCACCAUCAAGCCGCCGCCGCUGCUGUCAGGGUUAGGAGAAAAGCACUACUGGCCUUGUGUAGAGCCCCCCACGCCGCCUCCACCAUCGAAUACGAGAUACUCCGCCGUCAUCAGCCAGAAAUUCAUGCCCGCUGCACCAUCCCCGAAUGCACUACUACCACCGUUGGAGGCGAAGAAGACUGCGAAGUCCGCACCUCGCCCAGAGUCGUAAAUCCACAUAGGAUUGAACGCAGCUCCACCACAAAGCGCUACCGCUUCCAGCAGAAGCAGGAAGCCAAACGCCGCGCCGCUCGUCCCCCGAACAAAAAAAGAGAAGCAAGCGAGAAGGUUUGUUGUCGCUGCUCGCCGAAGAGAGGGCAGACACUCCAGACACUAUCGUUAAUUGAACGACUUAUGACGAGCAUAUGACGAGCCCACACUCAGUAGGCACGGGUAAAGUCUUGACUAGGUAGCUGCGGUAAAGUAGGCACGGGUAUUAACUUCAAAGCCCACACUCCCCACAGUAAACAUAUGACGAGCCUCGAGGACUUGACUUGCAGAAAGACUUCACAUUUCAGAUAUGUUUGCAGUGACCAGAUCAUGGAAUUAGUACUUCCUCUCUGCCCAAUUUAAGAGAUGAAACAAUUUGGGAUUUUGUCGGUGUUCCUCUCACUAAUAGUUCUCCCUAUCCAAUCUCUAAGUUCGACCAACACAACAACAUGCCCCAUAGAUUUUAGCUAUGUUCUUACUGUCCCCUUCAAUUCCUCAUCGUGCAAAAACUUCGAAUUCCCUACCAAAACCCCCGAAUUGGACGUCAUUAAGAACUCAUGUUGCCGUACCCUUUUAUCUGUCCUUGGGAUAGGCCUUGCUCAACACCUCAAAGACACUUCUCUUUUUCUACUCCCCAACAUAGCCACAUCAACGUCUUGCCUCCAAGACUACCGGUCCAAGCUCACCUCUAUCUCCCUCCCUACCUAUGUUGUUGAUUCUUGCUUUGAGCCUUCACAGUUUAUCACCAGCCCCAAAAUCUGUGCAAGUAUUGAGUCUUCCCAAGAUUGGGUAGACAAGCUUAACCAUAGCACUGCACUUGACUCUGCAUGCAAGCCAGACCUCAUGGAUCACUCAUCCUGCGAUGCUUGCGUGGCGGCUGGCUUCAAAAUUCAGCAACAAUUAAUCACCGUUGAUGGUAACACUUCUCACUCUAGAGAUUGUUGGAUCUUUACAGUUCUUUAUGCUGCUGGUAUGAUCAAUGAGCUUGGACCUGAAAGUAGUGGCUCUUUAUCGUGUAUCUUUGGUUUAUUAUUGGAUUCUCAUGUCAAUUCGAAUAGAAGGAGCAUUACCACUCUUGUAAUUAUACUAACCUCAGCAACAGCCGGAUUUCUUAUAAUACUCUGUUCCUCUUUCUUAUGGAAGAAGAAAACUCUGAGAAACAGAAGGGAGCACAGUAAGAGAACCAUAAGGAAGUUUAAUGCUGGAGAUGGAGAAAAUGAUACAGAGUUACCGCUCUUUAGCUUAAGGAGUAUAUUAGAAGCUACAGACAAUUUCGCUGAAGCUAAUAAACUUGGAGAGGGAGGAUUUGGCCCUGUUUAUAAGGGAAUUUUUCCUAAAAAUCAGGAAGUAGCCAUGAAAAGACUGUCAAAGAAGUCUGGUCAAAGACAUCCAGAGUUUGUGAAUGAGUUAAAGCUUAUAGCCAAGCUCCAACAUACCAAUCUUGUUAGGCUCCUGGGUUGCUGUAUUGAUGAGGAGGAAAUGAUAUUGGUUUACGAGUACAUGCCCAAUCGAAGUUUGGACAAAUUUUUGUUUGAACCAUCUGAAAACACAAAAUUGGAUUGGGGUAAGCGCUUUCGAAUUAUUGAAGGUAUUGCUCACGGAAUACUUUAUAUCCACAAGUACUCCAGAUUGAAAAUCAUUCACAGGGAUCUAAAAGCAAGCAAUGUUCUCCUGGAUGAAGAAAUGUACCCCAAAAUUUCCGACUUUGGAAUGGCAAAGAUUUUCGAGAAAAAUCAAACUGAAGCAAAUACAAACAGGGUUGUUGGGACAUACGGUUACAUGUCACCUGAGUAUGCAAGCUAUGGUAAUUUCUCUGAGAAAUCAGAUGUAUUCAGUUUUGGAGUGCUGCUGUUGGAGAUUAUAAGUGGAAAGAGGAAUGCUGCUUUCUAUCGCUUUGAAGAUCCAUUAACUCUUGCAGGAUGGGCUUGGAAAUUAUGGAAAGAAGGAAGAGGAAUGAAGGUGAUUGAUGCCUAUGUGAGAAAGGAAUGCCCACCUCAUGAAGCUUUAAAGUGUAUUCAUGUGGCUUUUUUGUGUGUUCAAGAAGAUCCAGCUGAUCGACCAACAAUGACAACUGUAAUUCACAUGUUGGGCCAUGAGACUACAUCACUUCCACCCUCCAAAGAACCAGCGUUUUUGGCACUUAGUAAUUCCAGUGUUGUGGGUUCAUCUCCAUCAUUUAGCACUUUUUCCAACAAUGCACUCACCAUUAGUAUACCAGAAGGUCGAUAGAGGUUUUAUGUACGUCUUUUGGUCGGACAGCCUUUUGCAAGAUACACCUUCAGUUUCACAAAUUGAUGUACAAAUAGUUUCGAUUAAAACCUUUAUUUGGGUUGUAACCAUUAUAUUGCAAGUGUUACAUGUUUUUAUAAGCCAAGCUUCAACAUCUUACUUUUUUGAAGUAGCAAGUUCAAGCAUCCAAGUCAUGAAUGUAUAUAACUCACAAUUUAGUCUCAC